AUGGAUAUGCACAUCAGGAAGAUGGCACGGUUGUUGGACAAUGAUAAGCUUUUGGAAAAAGUUGGGGUGACCGCAAAAUCCAGUCUACAGCAUGAUCAUCUGCCAUGUCAAGAUUUUACUAUGUCUCAUCUAGGACCAGAUAAUGGAUUGCUGAGAGUACAAAUGAAGAAAAUGCCGUCUAAAAAGGUGCAAACCACAGAAGAAUGGCUAAGAAACUACAGUUUAGAAUCCUUGCAAUUAACGUUAGAGCAUCUGAUAAAUGAAGGCAAUAUUAUUUUGAAUUCAGGAAAUGGUGUUGAAGAGAUGGAGUUUACAGAAGAGACCGUUACCGAUUUUGAGUCCAGACUUUCUGAAGUGAUUGAACUUUAUCAGCACCGAAUUCAGUGGCUGUUGCAGGACAGCAGAAAGGUAUUUGGUCUUAUAAAAGGAACCAAAGUUGGACUUGUGGUUAAUGUGUCUCAUAUGAGUUAUGGACCUAGACUACUGGAUUUUAAGAAGGACCUUUUGUGCUUAAUAGAUGAACAGCUAUGUUAUAAGAAGCAAUUGUACUGCCUUUCAUUCAGCACAGAAAUUUCACGUCUGUGGGAGAGUCCAAAAUCCAUCAAUGUUCAUGUGCUACAUGAAGCAAGACAGUGGAUACAACAGCUGGAGCCUGGUCGAGGCUGCAAUUUGCUGAAAGCCUUAAAACAUGUCCUUGUGAUGAAAGAACUGAAUUCUCUGGUUCUUAUUGUAGGAAGCUGCCCUGAUCAAUCUUUGGAAAUAUUGUCUGACUAUGCUCAGCAAUGUAUGCUGGGGAGAAAACUACACGCUCAUGCUGUUACAUAUGAUUGCAGCAAUCUUGCUUCUCUUGCAGUUCUAAAGAACCUUGCAGAAGCUGUAAGAGGCCGUUAUCAUUGCUACUCUUCAAAGGGAGAGAAUUUUGAUAGCAGUGAUGUUCAUCUGCUACUUCAGGAAUCCCAGAAGGCUAAGGACUUGCUCAAGAGCAUCAAACAGACUUUUCAAAGAAGAAUUGGUGGCUCACUUAUUAGUAGAAUAGCAGAUGUUUCCACAGAAUUUGCAAAUACAGCACUUUCCAACUUCUUACCAAAGCCUCCAAAGCACGAAGGACCAUUAGUUAUUCAAACACCGUGUGUCCUGGCCAAAACCUCAACAGACUGGUUAAAGACAAAUGGACUGAAAGCUAAAAAGUUAAACCUUUAUCAAGUUUUGGCUCCCAAUGCUUUCUCUCCUGUGGAAGAAUUUGUACCUAUUCUUAAAAAAACAGUAUCAUCAACUCUGCAUGAGAAGGCAAUGAUGCAGUUUGAGUGGCAUGAUGGAACUGUGAAAAAUAUCCACAUUGACUUGCCAGUAUUAUACAACUAUCAG